CUCUCUCUCUCUCUCUCUUUCUCUUUCUCUCUCUCUCUCUCUCUCUCUCCCUUCUCUGUCUCUCCCGCCAUAGCUAUGGCGACCGAGAAGAUGCUUUACACCAAUCCAGAAACAUUUCAUAUCCACAAGGUUUGAUAAAUUCGUAGCUGGAGUGUGAGUAUUAUCACAGCUCACCAAUGGGGAAGAACUUGCGUCACAAAGUUACUUGCUCCCCAAUCCAGAACCAUCCUGGAUUCAUGUGGGGACUGUUUGACAUUCUUAAGCACAACCAUUGGCGUUACAUCAAGAAACGACUUCCUCACAAAAGACCCAUUUGUAGAAGAAGUGCUGGAACAGAAAACGAAGUAAAUAACACAUGUCCAUCACCAAACGGCAUUCCCGUACCCAAAAGCAAGGUGGAAGAUACAAUAAAUGUAGACUCUGGGCAAAGACCAAAGAAGCCUAGUUCUGCAGUAAAAUCCAAAGAGUCUAAGUCAGGGGGGAAAACAAAAAAGCAACAUAAUUCAGAGGAGAAGUCCAAGAAACUCAAUUCAGAAGAGAAGUCGAGAAAAACACAUUCAGAGAUCAAAAGGUCUGUGAAAGCUUUGAUUAAGGCACUUGUAAUAGAGGACAAGUCAAAGUCAAAGAAGAAAGGUCGUCAUCACAGAAGCUCUACUUACCCUGUCCAGUCAAACCCAAAAGAGAAGGAGUCAUUGAGUGAGGUCGAAUCUUCUGAUAAGAAUUCCUCAAACGGUGAUGAGCGUAACAGAGUCUUUAACAAGACAAUUGGCAUUUCACCCGCGAUUGGUUCGCUGAACCCGCUCUAUCUCAUGUCCGAGGAAUCAAGCAACAGUGACAGCGAAGAAUUUAGGUUAGAGAACACUCCAGCUAUUGAUACUGAUGAAAACAAAUCAGAUUUUGAAGAAAGUGAUUCCAAGAAGAAUGAGAAGAACGAUGAGGAGGAAGCUUGGUUCGAUCCAAAGUUGAGAAAUACUAAAGAAUUCUCGGAGAAUGAGGAUGAUACAUCACCUAGACGGUCAAAAGCAUGUCUUGAUGCUCUCAAUUUGAUACACAUGAAUAGAAACUUCUUGUUAAAAGUUUUGCAGGAUCCGGGUUCUCCGUUAGCCCGGCAUUUCCAGAGCCAACAAUCUUUUAGCUCCAAAACAAUUACAAAAGCCGGAUCCUUUCCUACUCAUGGCAGCAAUAGAGAGGAUCAUAAUAAUGGUUUUGAAUCGGUGGGAGAUAUCGAAAAAAAACCAGCAUCUCCUUCCAUAGCUGCAGAACACAGAGCAGAUGGGAUUCAGAAGUUAAAUGAAUCAAUGGUGAAUUUUUCUGAUGAAGAUUUAUCUGGUUUUGGUUACGCGAGGAAGCGAGGAAAGAACCAAGUGGUGAUCAAACGUUUCAAGGAUCUAAGACAGAAGAUAAAGCAUGUGAUUAACGAGAACAAGAACGAGAAACACCGUAUCACCAUGGAUGCUGUUUUGGACAAAGUACCCCGAAAGUAUGGAUUUUCGAAAGAUUUGGGGGACGACAUUUUCACUCACUUAAAAGGAAAGUCUGCUUCUAAGAACAACAUAGCAGAAGGCACAAAACUGAAGCAAAUAAGAAGAACAUCGUCGUUGUGUGGAUCGCUUGAUAGAUAUCUUCAGCUGUAUGAAAGUAGCCUCCAAAGAGAAGCGAAGAGUAUCAAUACCUCAGAGAAAUCAAAGGUGGAGUCUGAAGAAUCGGUGUUGCCUUCUAAGAGAGUUCCUAAAAUCUUGGGGAGGAUUCUUUCAUUACCUGAAAUGAAAUCUCCGUAUGCUUUUAAGAUUGAGGACCUUCCUGGCCAGUUCGCAACUUCAAGUAGAUCAAUCGAGCAAGAGAAAGGUGGUUUGGAAGACAUUUUAGAGAUCUCAGAAGAGCACUCUCAGUCUUCAGAACAUGAAAUACUAGAGACCGUAGAGGAUCCUCUGUCUUCUAAUGCGAAAAAUCCUACUUUGAUGAUCGAGGUAGAACAUGACAGAGAAAUCUCUACGCUUGAUGUGGAACCGGAAACAAAAUCUUUGAACGAAUCAUUAGGCGACAGUCCUACUUUUGAUGAAAAUGCUUCUGAAGCUCCCAUCCCACGAGAAUCGGAGACGCAACAGGAUCCAGACACAGAGACUGUCUCAAGAAGCAAACAUUUAGAAAUCAUAGCAGCAGCAGAAGCCAUGGACGAAGUCCUCCAGAUAGAAGCACAAGAUAAAGUGAAAUUCAACUAUGUAAGAGACAUUCUCGAGAUCUCAGGUUUCAACGCACCCGAAUCGCUCUCCAUGUGGCAAUCAGAUUACCAGCCGCUAGAUCCAUUAGUAUACGAAGAAGCCACAACAACAAAAGGUUGUAUGAUCCAAGAUCCAGAAUGUUCAACAAACCAAGAAGGCGGCGGUAAUUGCAACCACUUACUUCUCUUUGAUCUAAUCAACGAGGUACUAAUCGAAAUCUACGAAAGGUCUUACCACUAUUGUCCCAAACCUUUAUCAUCACUAUGUAGAAUCCAUCCAAUGUCAGUGGGGUAUAGUGUUUUGAAGGAGGUUUGGGUUAGAAUAAGCUGUUACUUGCGUUACAAGCCACAUGACGAGCAAUCGUUUGAUAAGAUAAUGAGUAGGGAUUUGUCGAGAGACGAUGGAUGGAUGGAUCUGCAGUUUGAGAGUGAAUGUGUUGGGAUUGAAGUUGAGGAUUUGAUCUUUGAGGAGCUUCUAGAAGAAUUGCUUGUAUCGGGAUAAGGGGGCAUUCAAGAACUCGAAUCGUUUCUUCAUUUUUUUAAAAAAUUUUGUUGUCGUUUUGCUUGGAGUUUAAGGUACAUAAAAGAGAAAAGGAUGAUUUUUGACUUUUUGUAUGAGUUUUUUUUUUUUUGGUUUGUGAUGGAAUUGAGUGUAAAGGAUAUUGUAGAUGGAAUAAUGUGUAUGAG